CGGGCCCCCCGCUCCUCCGCUGCGCUGCGCCGGGCACGGCCUCGCCUCGCCGGCCGCCGGGAGCCGCGCCGGAGACAAUAGAGCCCGGCGACUGCCAUGUCAGUGGAUUGCCUGGGACAGCGCGCAGUCCUCUCGGGUCGCCGUUUCCUCUACAUAGUCAAUUUGGAUGCCCCAAACGAAGGGCACCGGAAGAUCUCCCGGCAGAGCAAGUGGGACAUCGGGGCAGUGCAGUGGAACCCACACGACAGCUACGCCUACUACUUUGCAGCCUCGAGCAAUCAACGAGUUGACCUGUACAAGUGGAAGGAAGGUAAUGGUGAAGUUUGCACCUCACUGCAAGGACACACACGUGUGAUCAGUGACUUGGACUGGGCAGUAUUUGAGCCAGACCUGCUGGUCACCAGUUCUGUUGACACCUACAUCUACAUCUGGGACAUCAAAGACACCAGGAAGCCUACAGUCUCACUCUCUGCAGUUGCUGGAGCUUCCCAGGUCAAAUGGAACAAGAAAAAUGCCAACUGUUUAGCAACAAGCCAUGAUGGGGAUGUCCGGAUUUGGGAUAAAAGGAAACCCAGCACUGCAGUAGAGUACUUGGCAGCUCAUCUCUCCAAAAUCCAUGGGCUGGAUUGGCAUCCUGACAAUGAGUAUACCUUGGCCACUUCCAGCCAAGACAACUCUGUCAGGUUCUGGGAUUACCGUCAGCCUCGGAAAUACCUCAAUAUCCUUCCCUGCCAGGUUCCUGUCUGGAAGGCAAGGUACACGCCUUUCAGCAAUGGGCUGGUGACAGUGAUGGUCCCCCAGCUCCGGCGAGAGAACAGUCUUCUCCUCUGGAAUGUCUUUGACUUGAACACACCUGUCCACACUUUUGUGGGACAUGAUGAUGUGGUGCUGGAGUUUCAGUGGAGGAAGCAGAAGGAAGGUUCCAAAGACUACCAGCUGGUGACGUGGUCCCGGGAUCAGACGCUGCGGAUGUGGCGGAUUGACUCUCAGCUGCAGAGGCUGUGUGCUAAUGACAUCCUGGAUGGAGUGGAGGACCUCAUCGAUGGCAUUUCUCACCUACCAGAGCCAGACAAGACCCUUCACCCCCAGGACUCUGAGCCCCAGCAUAACUCUGGGCAUGGGGAGGAGGAAGCCUUAAAAGAAGAUUUCCUGAAUGACCCCCUGGUGGGAAAGAAAACAGACCAGCUGGGGCUGCCUCAGACACUGCAGCAGGAGUUCUCACUGAUCAACGUGCAGAUCCGAAAUGUCAACGUGGAGAUGGAUGCAGUGAGUCGGAGCUGCACAGUGUCCGUGCACUGUGGCAACCACAGGGUCAGGAUGCUGGUGAUGUUCCCUGUCCAGUAUCCCAACAAUGCUGCACCAUCCUUCCAGUUCAUCAACCCAACCUCCAUCACGGCAUCCAUGAAGGCAAAGCUGCUGAAGAUACUGAAAGACACUUCUCUGCAGAAAGUGAAGAGGAACCAGAGCUGCCUGGAGCCCUGCCUGCGUCAGCUGGUCUCCUGGCUGGAGUCUGUUGUGAACCAAGAGGACAGCACAUCCAGCAAUCCCUAUGCUCUGUCAAACUCUGUGACCCCCCCCUUGCCCACCUUUGCCCGGGUCUCCAAUGCCUAUGGCUCCUACCAGGACUCUAACAUCCCCUUCCCAAGGACCUCUGGAGCCAGGUUCUGUGGUGCAGGGUACCUGGUGUACUUCACGAGACCCAUGACCAUGCACCGGGCGGUGUCCCCCACCGAGCCCACACCCAGGUCCCUGUCAGCUUUAUCAGCCUACCACAGUGGCCUCAUCACCCCCAUGAAGAUCCGCACGGAGCCUCCAGGCAACCUGCGUCUGUACAGCGGGAGCCCCACGCGCAGCGAGAAGGAGCAGGUCUCCAUCAGCUCCUUCUACUACAAAGAGAGGAUGUCUCCUCGCUCUGCCCGGCGACGUUGGUCCAUACAAGCAAUUAACGACUUCCCGAAAUCAAGGAGGUGGAAAAGCAAACGAGAAGGGACAGAUGCCAACAACCGGCCCAUCAAAGCUGCAGGGAAAGUGAUUAUCCAAGAUAUUUCCUGCUUGCUGCCUGUCCACAAGGUGCUGGGAGAGCAAUAUAUACUGAAUGUGAAUAAUAUCCAGGAGACCUGCCAGAAGAAUGCUGCCUCAGCCCUGGCUGUGGGACGGAGGGAUCUUGUGCAGGUUUGGUCACUGGCCAUGGUAGCUACUGAUCUCUGCCUUGGCCCAAAGUCUGACCCAGAUUUGGAGAUACCUUGGGCACAACAUCCAUUUGGACGUCAAUUAUUGGAGUCCUUGCUGGCCCAUUACUCCCAGCUCCACGAUGUGCAGACCCUGGCCAUGCUCUGCAGUGUCUUUGAAGCCCAGUCCAGGCUCCAGGGGUGCCCAAACUCCUAUGGUUCCUUUCCUCAACGUGCCUCCAACCUGGCCUCCCACAGCCGCUAUCCCAGCUUUACUUCCUCUGGUUCCUGUUCCAGCAUGUCAGAUCCUGGACUUGGCACUGGAGGCUGGAGUAUAGCCAACAAGGACACGGAGCAGGUCUCCACUCCCUGGUGUGAGUCUUCUCCAGAUGACUUCCGCUACGGAAACCUGACGUAUCCCGAUCCCCGGGAGCGGGAGAAAGACCAGCAUGAGAAGAACAAAAGGCUCCUGGAUCCUGCCAACACUCAGCAGUUUGAUGACUUUAAGAAGUGCUACGGGGAGAUCCUGUAUCGCUGGGGCCUGCGAGAGAAGAGGGCCGAGGUUCUCAAGUUUGUCUCUUGUCCUCCAGAUCCCCACAAAGGAAUUGAGUUUGGGGUGUACUGCAGCCACUGUCGCAGCGAGGUGCGUGGCACCCAGUGUGCCAUCUGCAAGGGCUUCACCUUCCAGUGUGCCAUCUGCCACGUGGCCGUGCGAGGCUCCUCCAACUUCUGCCUGACCUGCGGCCACGGGGGCCACACCAGCCACAUGAUGGAGUGGUUUCGGACCCAGGAGGUCUGUCCCACGGGCUGUGGGUGCCACUGCCUGCUUGAGAGCACCUUCUGAGCCCUUGCUGACAGAAGGAUGACCUUUCUUCUGGAAUUCCCAAGCCACGUGGAAGGCUCCACGGUGUCUGGAGGAGGUGCCACCAGGAGCUGGAGCAGGACGUCCUGGCCACGUGCUUGCAGGGAGGUUUAUCAGUGCUUCCAGUAUUCCUACACUUCCCAGGUUGCUUUUCAGACUGAUCUGACCAAACUCCUCGUGUCCAUUGCUGGCAAUGGAUGCCAGACCAGAAAAAAGCUGCUCUCCCUUGCAGAAAGGUGUGUGGAUAUUGGCAAGUCACAGUUGGGAUGAGAUGUUCAAAAGCUCCUUGGGAAAGCACUUGCCUGGCAGAGCCCAACUUGCUCCAGCUACAUCAUGUCUUUCCAGGUCCCUCCUGACCUGAACAGAAUAGUUGUUUUGCACAUUUUAAGGCAGAAAUAGAAUCCAUGAGCAGCAGUGAGCUCUGAAGGAAAGAAAAGAAUCCAUGGGACUGUGCUCAGAGUUGCCUUGGAGGCAGCAGGGUCCUGGCAUUGAGUGGCACUUGACAUCCUUAGGUUACCCCAUCAAGCAAAAGCAUGAGGCUGCAUUUUUCAGGAUUGCUUCCCAAAUAGCUUCUUCUUCAUGGGCCAGUGUCUGGGUGGGAAAAGCCCAACCCUACCCCUGAGCUCCCUGGGAUUAGUUUCCUUCCUGCAGUUUCAGUACCAUUACUCUUAAGGUGUCUCCAGCUUCUGCUCUGCCCAGGUGCCACCAUGCACUUUAACUCACCUGUCCCUGCCUUGGCAGGGGCACGUCCUGGUGACUGGGGAAAGCUUCUGCCUCUUGAGUUUGGGAUCCACACAAUGUAUCUGUGGAUGGUGGCACCUGAGGGUGUUCCUGAAAGCCUUGGCUUCCUUCUGGGGAAAACACCAGGAGGGUGCUUGCUCCCAGCAACUCCUUUUGGGCUGUUUUCUCCAGGCUCUACAGGGGGAACCAAUGAAUAAUUUGGGAUUGGCUGCUGCUGUGCUUGAGUGAUGAGGCUCCUGAGCUGAGGAGGCAGCAAUUUUGAAGGGAAAAGAAGGUUUGGAAGGGGGGUAGGAUUCAGGGAGGCAAAAGGUCGGUGCCUUUUUCUCCUUGUGGAGCUUCAACUGAAGAAUGUACUGGAUGGAUCUGUCAGUUUGGGGCUCCUGGGGACGCUGCUGUGACACUGCCUGAGCAGGUUCCAGCCCCAGCUUUGGGUGUGACCAAAAGGUGAUCCCUUCCUCUCACCCCCUGAGCGGGGCCCCGUGCCCUGCCCACCCUCUGUGCUAACUCAGGCUGUGGGAUCCUGCUGUGGAAUAAACUGAUGGUAUAUCCUAAACCUUCAAACAUUAAAAUUAUUUUUGUAA